GUAUCAUGGCUGGCGGAGCAUACUGUGCGUACGAGUCAAGGGACUGGACGUAUGGCUCCUUCUACUUUCUUUGUGGUGUUAUGCUGGCUCAUGUUGCCAUGGAUAGAUGGGAGGAGGCCCAGCUCGACAAAGCCAAGAACAAGGUCAUCAUAUUCCAUCGCACGCUGCUCGAUGUCGUGCUGCGUCGACAACCCGACAGAUGUGUUGUCUCGAACUUGUCGGAAGUCGUUGAUGUACGUGUCGAGUCUGAGUCUCUUAAGUAUGCUGGGACCACCUAUAAUGUUGUUCUUGCGUUUGAAACUGGCUAUACGCUAGGACUGACCAGUUCCGGGACCUACGGUGACAAGUUCAUCCAUGAGAAGCUGGCAGGAGAGCUGCGUGACUUUCUCAGCAUGAAGUCCUCGGCUCAGUUUCUGGAGAACAUCGACACGGCCAUCGAUACGGCCAUCGCGGCUCAUGUUGCCCGUGCAGGACCGCCGCCAACGUCAGCAUCCUCUGCUUCCAGCACGGACGGCGGUAGUAGAGAACCUCAGGAGCGUCGUCGGCAAACCGCCAGGGGAUCACCCACGCAGGAGUGACAUCACAAUCGCCGGAGUUCUUUGCACCGUCUGCAGCUCAGGCUAUGGAUGGAUACUGAUGCUCCAGCUGUGUGUUGUGUGCGUGCCACUCAAGGUCAUGAGGGGCAGUGAAGCCAUCGGUAGUUAUCACGCUUGCAGUGGGAAGUAAGGUUUGCGCUGAAUCUGUAACAUUUUUUUUUAAUGGAGCGGACUGCUGCCCGAUACGGAGAGUGUCUGAUCAGCGGCUGGGCUGGUUCCGUGCUGUCUCUCUAUUUUGUGACUCGGUCUCCGCAUUCUCACUGUCUUUGGACAAGUGAGUGCUCUUCUUGGAAUCUGUAUUAUCCGAGUGCAAGUGCAUCCGAGUGAUCAUUGGUGCUAGUGUGUGUAAGGCAGUCUGGUCAUACGGUACAAGCGUACCUUAUCCUUAUUCAUUUACUCAUUUAUCCAUAUUCUCUUACCAGUACUCAGUCCCUACGGACUCGUGCAAUAUCCAUCAGUGGAGGGUAUUGAAAAGGGAGAAGUCUGAAGAAGAACAAAAAUGACUGCCACCGCCAGGACUCAAUGGAUUUUUUAAUAGUUUCUCUCACUUGUUUUGACUGACAACCAUUAUCUCUGUCUGUAGAUUUUAAUUGUAGAUUUUAACCAACGUUUUUUUUUAGAUAGUGGUGAUGCAUCGAUGGCGCUGGAGGCCAGUCAUCGCCGUGGUAAACUAGUGUGCAAGCUUCAUGUUGCAGGUGUAGGGAUUGCAUGCUUUGACUUCUGAAGUAUUUUCCAUAGCUUCAAAGUGGUAAAAGCAGUCUUCUGCAGAGCAUGAAUAUAUUAUUUUCUUACUCUUCCUGGCGAGUGUUAUCACCGAGUCUGACUUAUACGGACAUUUUGCACUGGGGAUUGGUCUGUUUUAUCCGCUGUGCUGUAGUGUUACAGCCUGCACUGCCUCAUACUUGGAUCAUGUACUUCUUUCUCUACAUUUCAUUUACGAUUUUACUAUCAUUUUAGCGCUAUUUUCUAAUUUAUUCUCCACUCUAGAAAUAGAACAGCAAAUCCGGCUCUGGAUCAUCCUAGCUUGGCUUAAGUUAAUUGUAGUGUGCGUUGUUUCGAACACAGACUCAGUCGUGUCCUAGA